UCGGCUCGAACACUCCAGCUUCACGUUCAGUGUGGUUCAGACGCGCGGAGCUUCUCAGCGUUUUACUCAGUUUGGUUUUUGUUAGUUGGUGAGGCCACCCCAACAACACAGCAGUCAUGGACGCCAUCAAGAAGAAGAUGCAGAUGCUUAAGCUAGACAAGGAGAACGCCUUGGACAGAGCUGAGGGAGCUGAGGGAGACAAAAAGGCAGCAGAGGACAAGAGCAAACAGCUUGAGGAUGACCUGGUAGCGCUGCAGAAGAAGCUGAAGGGAACAGAGGAUGAGUUGGACAAGUACUCUGAGUCUCUUAAGGAUGCCCAGGAGAAACUUGAACUCGCUGAGAAGAAAGCCACAGACGCCGAGGCUGAUGUAGCUUCCCUGAACAGACGUAUCCAACUGGUUGAGGAGGAGUUGGAUCGUGCUCAGGAGCGUCUGGCCACAGCUCUGACCAAGCUGGAGGAGGCUGAGAAGGCUGCUGAUGAGAGUGAGAGAGGCAUGAAGGUGAUUGAAAACAGAGCAUCGAAGGAUGAGGAGAAGAUGGAGCUGCAGGAGAUCCAGCUGAAGGAGGCCAAGCACAUCGCUGAGGAGGCUGACAGGAAAUACGAGGAGGUCGCCCGUAAGCUGGUCAUCAUUGAGAGUGAUCUGGAACGUACAGAGGAGCGCGCUGAGCUCUCUGAAGGCAAAUGCGCUGAGCUUGAGGAAGAGUUGAAGACAGUCACAAACAACCUGAAGUCUCUUGAGGCUCAGGCAGAGAAGUACUCACAGAAGGAGGACAAGUACGAGGAGGAGAUCAAGGUUCUCACAGACAAGCUAAAGGAGGCUGAGACCCGUGCUGAGUUCGCUGAGAGGUCCGUGGCCAAGCUUGAGAAGACCAUUGAUGAUCUGGAGGACCCUCUGUACCGGCAGCUUGAGAAAAAUCGUCUUCUUUCCAAUGAACUGAGAGUGGUGUUAAAUCAGGAUUAAACUAUUACUGGAUGUGUUGUGAAAUUAGCACUGUGCUCAAAUUAGAAGAAAAAAUGCGGAGCAUCAGAGAAAUUAAAUGCAUGUUCACAUUGCAGGUGAAGAGGACAGGUUUCACAGACUCACAGAUGGAUUUAAGCACAGGCCUAUUUUUGUUUAGUUAACCAACAUCUGGAAUUGUUAUUUCAUGAACAGCAAUUCGAUUUAGAUAACAUAAACUGGAUCACUGGAUCACUGUCUAUAAGUCUAUGACUGAAAGAUUGUCCAUUGUACAGGAGUAAUUCUGGGCAUAAUCUGGGUCUGUGAAACUGACCCACAAUGUAUGAUAAGGCUUGAUAUGAGUGUGCAUUAUAACAAUAUCUACUGACUGUGGUUGACUAAGGAUAUACACAGGGACCACCUUUUAAAGUUUUAACUAUAACAAUCUUCAUUCAAUAUUAUUGGGUCUGUGAAACGCUUGGUUAAGUCAUUUUCAUUGUGGUCAAAAAUUAUAAAUAGUCUGCAGGCUUAAUUUUUAUGUUGCACACAUAGUGAUGGAUUUAACAUGUUUAAUGGUACUGUAUAUUGACAGACAAACUCUGUCAGGCUAAUGAUGAGAACUGUUGGAUCAAAUGUUGGAUCAGACACUCAUGGACCUCAAUAACAUGCAACAACAUGGUCCAUUAUCACACAAGACUGCACCGCUCACCUGCUGU